GUGUUUUCCGCUCUGAUACACCUCCUCCCCACUCUAUAAAUACCACACUGAACGACACCGGAUCCAACGACCGCUCCUUCCCUCGCCUCGCCCCGCUCGAGGUAGAAGAAGCUGAGGCGACGGCGAUGGUGACGAUGCGCGACGAGGCGUGGGGGUUGCUGCUGCCGCUCGCGGCCCUGGUGGCGGCGAUCUGGGUUGCGUGCGGUGGCGCGCGGCGCCUGCAUGCGUGGGCGUGGGAGCGCCGGCUCGGGGCCGCGGCUCGCGGCUGCCUGCCGCCGGGAGACAUGGGAUGGCCGCUCGUCGGGAACAUGUGGGCUUUCCUCCGCGCCUUCAAAUCCCACGACCCCGAUGCCUUCAUCGCCUCCUUCCACCGCCGGUCCUCCCUCUGUACCUCUUUCUUCUAACACGUCCCUGUUGCUUUUUUACUUGCCUCUGCUUCCCCAAAAUCGAGUUUUUUUAUUAUUAUUAUUAAUAUUUUUUGCUCUUACUUCUUUGGGAUCGUUAUAGUUUCAUUGAAUACUUCUUUUUUGUUCCAUUUAUGGAAGAAAAUUUCGGUUUGAAUUUCGUGUGUUCCGAAAAUUAAUGUUUUUCUCUUUCGAUUACGUUAUUUUCACCUUGUCGAUGAAUAAUUCAAUGGAGACGGAGAUUGGGAUUGCAACAGGAGGGCGAUUGGGAUUUGGCCUAGGUAAUAUGAAGAGGAGAGUGUGGGAGGCUAUGUAAUGUCCGUUUCAUGGAAAAUGAAAGGUUGACUUCGACAAAUUUUGAACUAUUACAUGGUGAGAGGACUGCCAAAUACUGAAUAGAAAAUAGUUUUAGAUUAGUAAAACUCACUUUGUAAUGAUCAAAUUAUACCACAUUCAUGAGUCCUUUCGAUUAUGCUGAUGCCCUAUGUCAAUGCACGAGGCAUCCAUGAAUAGAAAAUAGAACUCUUUCUAGUGUCUACCCCUGUGGACUUUGGUUGUUGUUUGUACAAUAGAAUUCAACAGCACUAAUCCUCACUGCAGGCAGCUUACUUAUGAAAUUUUGAUCGUUGAGAUCAUCUUGUAAAGUUUUUAGUCAUUGCUUUCUGUUAGAAGUUUUUCUAAUCUACUAAGGAAGGUUUGUGAUUCAGUAAAUGAGGAUCUCCACCCAAAUUUUGUUGUUAAAUUUGAGUUGAAAUAUUUUUCUCCUACUCCUUGAUAAAUUUAUAAAGCAUAUAUUUAUUGUACUUUAAAUCUUUAGUUAAUCUAGUUAACUCAAAAAAUCCUUUCUCCUUGGCCACCUACAAGAAUUUUAGUCCACAACUUCUUGCUCACAAACAUUAUUCUGGGAUAACGAUGUUUUUUUUACUUUGUGGUCAUGCUGAUGGCACGUUGUCUUCACUGAAGCUGUGGGGCAUAUUCCAUUAUGGGCACUAAUAUUAUGGAGUUCCUAGAUAUGACAUGGGACCCAACAAGGAUUGGUAUCGGCAAAUCCCCAUGCCACCUUGCUUCAGAUCCAUCGAUGAUUUCAAUUUCCAACCCGUUUCAGAUACAAGCCACUGAAUGCUAUUAAUCAGGUUCUUUAUGUGAAAAAAAAUUCAGCAAAAUCAAUCCUUUAAGGCAAAGAUUCAUUUUAAUAUGGGGCACAAAGUUACUUCUAAAUGGUUUCUGCAUUCGAGUCAUAACAAUCUACAUGAAACGUUUGUCAGUUGUCUUCUAAAUAUAUCUUGAACUAGUGACUAAAGUAGAGUUAUUUGUUUUUCUUAAAUAUGUAGUGUUAUUUGGAUGAAUUGAAUUGAAUUCCCAGGAGCUCUUCAGCUUCUUGUUCUGUGUGCUUUCUUGUUGCUGACAAAUUCUCUGUUCGGGAUAAAAUAUUAAAUGCAGCCUGUGCAAUUCUUGUCCUUCAUGGUGGACUGGUGAUUGUUCGGUUGUGUAGAUGUCUGCAUAGGUUCUGGGUUGGAAUAAUUCUUUUCUGGUUGGAUGUCUUUUUCCUUUAUGGGGCCUUGGUUUUAAUCCACUUCUGUUUGGUUUUACUAAGAGGUUGAAUGUGGAGCAGACGUUUAUAAGGACAAAGUACAGGAAACGAAUUACAGUCAGUCCAACCAAGGUCUUGUUUCUAGUUCGGCCUCUCUUUCCUAGCAGAUAUUCUACAGUUUCUCUUUCUCAAAUUUGUUUGGUUCUUUGCACAUUACUGGAAGCUCAUUUAAUUUUGCUGAAAGGCAAAUUUGCUUUUCAUCCCAGUUUGCCUUUCGGAACACUGUUUAUUGUCCUGACAUGUUUUAUCAUCUUGAGUUUGUAGCAUUGACUAGUCUGUGGACCACAAAUGAGUCAUGGCUUCCCCUUUAAUGUUUAUCGUAUUAAAACUAGUGGCUGGCACCCGACAAAUUAUCGAUAAUAUAAUCAUUAUCAGAGUUGUUAAGUUGUUUUUGUCUCAAUUAUUUUGGUUUGGCUGUAUGAAGAUUAUCCUUCUGUUGAGCUUAGCGGUAUAACAUAGUGGCAAAUAUAGUGAAUAGCAAGGAAAAGUGGAAAAUGCUUUCCUUCUGAAUUUACUGCUAGAAACUAGCCACAAAAAGGAAUGAGAACCUAACAUUAUAUGGACACACCGGAAUAUACAAGGCCUUCAUGUUUGGAAACCCAACAAUCAUGGUCACAGCGCCGGAAAUCUGCAAACAAAUCUUAAUGGAUGAUGAUCAUUUUGUGCCUGGAUGGCCUAAGGCAACAAAUGAGCUUAUUGGAAAGAAAUCAUUCAUAGCCAUCAGUGUAGAAGAACACAAGCGGUUAAGACGACUCACAGCAAAUCCUAUAAAUGGUUAUGAAGCACUCAAUACCUAUCUCCAGUUCAUAGAAAAUACUGUGUUAUCAUCUUUGGAAAGGUGGGCCAGUAUGGGAUCGAUAGAGUUCCUUACAGAGCUACGGAGGUUUACAUUUAGAAUUAUUAUGAAAAUAUUUCUCUGCUCAGAAGAUGAGAUUCUUAUGGAAUCAUUGGAAAGUGUUUACACUAAUCUGAAUUAUGGAAUGAGAGCUAUGGCUAUCAACUUCCCUGGAUUUGCUUACCAUAGAGCAUUGAAGGCUAGAAGAACACUGGUGGCAGUUCUCCAGGGUGUUCUUGAUGAAAGAAAGGCUACCAGGACAAAAAGUUUCACUCCAACAAAAAAGGACAUGAUGGACAGGUUAAUGGACAUUGAAGAUGAAAAUGGUAGAAAAUUGAGCGAUGAAGAGAUCAUUGAUGUGCUAAUUAUGUACCUCAAUGCUGGCCAUGAAUCGUCCGGGCAUAUAACCAUGUGGGCAACUGUAUUUCUUCAAGAAAAUCCAGAAAUUUUUGAGCAAGCAAAGUUAGAGCAAGAGGAAAUUCAAAGAAAUAUGCCACCUACUCAGAAGGGUCUAACAAUGAAGGAGAUCAGGAAGAUGGAAUAUCUUUCGAAGGUUAUAGAUGAGACGUUACGCAUAGUUAACAUCUCAUUUGUGUCUUUCCGGCAAGCGACAAAAGACAUGUAUAUCAAUGGUUAUUCAAUACCGAUGGGAUGGAAAAUUCAGGUUUGGUACAGAAGUGUUAACUUGGAUCCUCAAUUGUAUCCUGACCCUAAGAAGUUCAACCCAUCUCGAUGGAAUGAUUUUAUACCGAAAGCCGGAAGCUUUCUUGCCUUUGGAGCAGGAAGCAGGUUGUGCCCGGGAAACGAACUUGCCAAACUAGAGAUAUCUGUAUUCCUUCACCAUUUUCUGCUUAAGUAUCAGCUUACAAGGCUAAAUCCACACUGCCAAGUUCGAUACUUGCCUCAUCCUCGGCCCGUCGAUAAUUGUCUGGCGAAAAUCACAAGGAUAAAAGAUGAAUAGUGUAAAGGACAUGCUGCUGAGACAUCUGAAUGUUGCUGCUCUUUAUGUACUAUGUCAAAGUAAAUAAGUUUUAAGGUGGAAAGGUUUACUUUCUUUAGGUUUCAAAUCUACCAGUGAAGUUCGAAAGUGAAUAUAUAUAUAUGUUGAUGGCCGGGAUCAGUGAGAUCCACUGCCUUGUAUCAUUUAUCAUUUACUAAGAAUAUAAUCGUGUGUUUGAUCUCA